AUGGCCCUGGCAGCCUCCCUGGCUGAGCUGCGCACUGAGGCCUGCUGCCCCUUGUGCCACGAUUUCCUGCAGGAGCCUGUGACCCUGGAAUGUGGCCACAACUGCUGUGGCUCGUGCCUGCAGCAGCGCUGGGAGCAUCUGCACGACGUCCUGCCCUGCCCCGUGUGCCUGCACCCCUGCACAGAUGGGCACCCCCAGAAGAACACGCAGCUGGGGGACUUGAUUGACCUGGUCCAGCAGAUUCUGUGCAUGAGGGAGACGAACAGUGACGACCUGGAGCUGCUGUGUGGCCAGUGCGGUGAAUCCCCUGAACACCAGGCCCAUGACCUGAUGCCCAUUGUAGAAGCUGCUGCUCAUCACAGGCAGAAGCUCAAGAGCUGCCUAGGGCAGCUGGGAGAGCAGCUGGAGGAAGCAGUGAGGGCCUUGGAAAGGAACGACGCCGAGUUCACCGAGCUGAAAGGCCAAUUGAAACUGCAGAAGCAAAAUGUGACCCAAGAAGGCAGCCAAUUGGCGCAGUUCUUGAGGAAACAGGACUAUUCCAUGGGGAAGAAGCUGGUUCACCAAAAAGCCGGUAUUUACCGACACGACGCUGCAGCCCUGCACCUGGCCUGGAGGCAGCACCAGAGUCUGGGGUUCCCUGAGGCCCCUUCCUUGGAGCACAAAGGGGAGAGUCUCUCUCUGCCCCCCAGCUACAUCGGCUUGGACAACAUGAGGGCCAAGUUCCAGGUGCACCUGAUGCUGGACCCUGAGACUGCUCACUCGGAUCUCUUGAUCUCCCACCAGACAACCGCCAGCUACUGCCAGGAGGGCGCCCAGCCCAGCCCCGGGAUGCGCCCCAGUGCCUUCACCUCCCGCGUGGCUGUCCUGGGGGCCCCGGGCUUUGGGGGCGGCAGGCACUUCUGGCAGGUGGAGAUCCGCGGCUUGGGGGUCUGGUGUCUGGGCGUGUGCACCGAGGCCUUCUCCAGGGACACUUGGGCCGCGCAGACCCCAGCAAUGGCUGCUGGCAGAUGUGUGGUCUAUGGUGAAAAGAAGGUGGGAAGAAAAAUCCCCAGCAAUCAGACAUCUGACAAGACUUUUAUUCUAUUCCCAGCACUCAGUAUUGUGGUAACAGGCAUUCUCUUAAUCAAGCACACUGAGACCAUCUACGCUUUUGAACCUCUGCCCAUGAUGAACAUCAUUUCCUGUGAUGAGUGUCAGAAAGUGGGCCUUGUUGUCAGGGGAGGCAUCGCACUGGCCACACAGCAGUUCCAAGUCAUCCUCGCAGAACAGGCUCAGAACAUGUGCAACGCUGGGAGCACCUUGCAGAACAUCCUGCCAUGCCCCAUGUGCCUGCACCCCUGCACAGAUGGGCACCCCCAGAAGAACAACACGCAGCUGGGGCACAUGGGCUGA